AUGGGCAUAUUCGGUAAAUCAGCCACUGUCGAUCCUAAGGAUCAGGUCAAACAGUGGACGUCGACCAUACGCAAAGAGACGUAUAAACUGGACCGACAGAUAAGAGGCAUACAGCGAGAAGAAGAAAAAGUUAAACGUUCAAUGAAAGAAGCAGCUAAGAAGGGAAACAAAGAUGUGUGCAUCAUUCUAGCGAAAGAAAUACUGAGGUCACGCAAAACCAUCAAUAAAUUGAUUACUUCUAAGACACAUAUGAGUUCUAUACAAAUGCAAAUGAAAAACCAGCUGUCUGUACUAAGAAUGGCUGGUUCAUUGCAAAAGUCUACAGAAGUAAUGCAAACAAUGCAUAAUUUGAUCAAAGUACCUGAAGUUGCAGCUACUAUGAGAGAUUUAUCCAAAGAAAUGAUGAAGGCUGGAAUCAUUGAAGAAAUGUUAGAUGAUACAAUGGAGAAUGUAAUGGAUGAUCCCGAAGAUAUGGAAGAAGAAGCACAAUCAGAAAUUGAUAAAGUAUUAUGGGAAAUCACAGCUGGAGCGUUAGGUCAAGCACCUAUGGCAGUUACUGAAACACCGGGAGGUUCAGUACUACAAGAAACUGAAACAGUUGAAGAGGAUGGGGACCUGGAAGAAAUGAAAAAUCGCUUACAGGCUUUAAAAAGUUAAAUAAAGGUAUUACAAAGCUGCUAAAUUUAUACAAUUUUGAAUUUAGUUUGUCCUUUAACAGAAUUUAAUAUAAAUAAUAAAUUCAAAUAGUUUAAGUUAAGAAWAAAACUAUUGACUUUACUAGGAAAAUUGGAACACUAAUGAUUUAUUUUUUAUAUUUGAUCAAUUGCAAAUGUGUUAAGAUUCUAUAUAUUUUUAUCAAAUAAUGUAUUGAAGAUGAUAACUUGACUUAGUGAGACUAAAAUUUAGAUGUUUGUGUUUUGCACCAGAUAUUUUUUUUUUGUCUAACUUCAAUUGAGGUAUUGUUGAGAUUUAUGCUCUUAUGAUAAAAGUCAUAUUAUGUGAGAUUUUUAUUUGUUUUGUUGAGUUCUAUAAAAUUAAUUUUAAUCAUUAAAUUGGAUAAUGAUUCAUGUUAAAUUGUAGUAAAAACUACAUCUGAUCUCUUGCUCUACACCUUAAUUAAAUAUUAUAUUAUUUAUAUAAUAUUAUAUUCAAAUUUAAUAUUUUAUGUUUUAAU